GCGGCGGCCGGCGGCGGCGGUCGCCAUGGCCUACCAGGGCCUGGCGCAGGAGUACCUGGGCAUGCCGGCCGUGACGCGCGCCUACACCACGGCCUGCGUGCUCACCACGGCCGCCGUGCAGCUGGAGCUCAUCACCCCCUUCCAGCUGUACUUCAACCCCGAGCUCAUCUUCAGGAGGUUCCAGAUAUGGAGGCUGAUCACCAACUUCCUCUUUUUUGGGCCCCUGGGAUUCAGUUUCUUUUUCAACAUGAUAUUUCUGUACAGGUACUGCCGCAUGCUAGAAGAAGGCUCCUUCCGAGGAAGGACAGCUGACUUUGUCUUCAUGUUCCUCUUCGGAGGAUUUCUCAUGACACUGUUUGGCCUCUUUGCCAGCCUGUUUUUCUUGGGCCAGGCUUUCACCAUCAUGCUGGUGUACGUGUGGAGCCGCAGGAACCCCUACAUCCGCAUGAACUUCUUCGGGCUCCUGAACUUCCAGGCUCCAUUUUUGCCUUGGGUCCUCAUGGGCUUCUCCCUGCUCCUGGGUAAUUCCAUCAUCAUCGACUUGCUGGGGAUUGCAGUGGGUCAUAUCUACUACUUCCUGGAGGAUGUCUUCCCCAACCAGCCAGGAGGAAAGAAGCUGCUGUUGACACCAGGCUUCCUGAAGAUGGUAUUUGACACACCUGAAGAGGAUCCCAAUUAUAACCCUCUCCCUGAGGAUCAGCCAGAAAACCAUCCUGGAGCCCAAGACCAGAACCAGCAGCAGCCACAAUAACACAAAGGACUUUUCCAUGUGACCAGAUUCUUCUCUUCCCACUGGACUUACGUGGUGCCCCAGCGGUCCUACUGGAAUAACACCAGUUGCCAUUCUCAUGUGUGAUGUUUCACUGUCUGUAUGGGUAACACAUCUUCCUCUUGUGUCAGGUGGUUCCACAGAGCUUUGCACGUGAAAACUGGUGAAUGUUUUGGCAAGGUGUUCUAGAGACAGGGCUGGAAGCUCUGGGAUGUUCCUCCCUUACCCAGCAGGGAGUAAGUUUCGAGUGGGGCCUUAAAUGGCUUGCUUCGUUCCGUGCUGUUACUGACUCUCACUGCACCGUGUGGAUUCUGCUGUUUGUGCAUGGACUAAUGGUCCCUUUACAGUGCUGGGAGGGAUCACGGUGGGCUUUCAGUCAGCUAGUAUGUCCUGGCAUGGUACAGGCACAACUGGAUCUCCCCAACAAAAACUGACCCUAGCAGAAUGCAGUUGAGCCUGUGUCUUUCCUCUAAACCCCACUCCCACCCCUUUUUGUUUCCAAAGAGUCUUUAUAUUAAAAUCUUUA